GAUGUGCCAGAUUUGAAUUUAGUGAUAAAGAUAUUAAAGAUUUAAAAGGAACUAUUAGUGGUCAUGCUUAUAGUAUUUUACGUACUGCUGAGACUGAUGAUGGUAUUAAACUUUUACAAAUAAGAAAUCCUUGGGGAACAGCUGAAUGGAAUGGUGCUUGGAGUGAUGGGAGUAAAGAAUGGACACCUGAACGUAUGAUUCAACUAAACCACAGAUUCGGUGAUGAUGGUACUUUCUGGAUGUGUUAUGAUGAUUUCCUUAAUUAUUGGGAUAUGAUUGAUAAAUGUAGAUUAUUUGAUUCAAGAAAGUUUAAACUAAGUUUACCUGAAGAAUGUCAUCUGAUUAUAGUUCUUCAACAACCUGAUGAUAGAUAUUUUUGUAAUGAACCUAAAUAUGAUUAUCAAUUAAGUUUCCAUGUAUUCAAAGACGGUGAAACUUCUUCUUACUUAGCCCGUAGUCGUUCGACAUUUGCUUUCGCUUCUCGUAGCAUAAACCAUGAAGUUAAACUUCCAGCUGGUGACUAUGUAAUUAUUCCACAUGAAGAUCAAGAACCAAAGAAAGAAAAAGAUUCGGAAAUUGAGGCUAAAAAACAUGAAUGGGAAUUGCAACUGGGAUUAAGAGUUUAUAGUAAAUACGCAGGAAUUAAAUUGGAAGGACUUCCAGAAGAAAAGGCUGAAGAAAAAGAUCCAGAGGUUGAUACUAAAGAUGAUGAGAAAAAGGACGAUGAGAAAAAGGAUGAUGAAAAAAAGGAUAAAUGA